AUGGCAUAUAUGACCCUGAAAAAUCUUGGAAAGCCCUGUGAUAAUGUCCAGGGCUCUGGCAACACUUGCUCAAACUGCUCACAAGACAAGAAGCAUUGCUGUGACUUUCCUGAGACAAUAAUCAAUCAGGUUCUUGAGUUGCAAAGUGCAUACUUCAAAUGGGUGAAUACAAUGAACACUGUCAUCAAAAACACUCAUGAAGUGGGUGUUGUUGCUUUUGCUCAAGCUAUCAACAAAGAGUUGAAAACUGUUCUUGCAAAUAUGCUGAAAGAGACUCCUUCUGUUGAUGAUAAGCCAGACACAUUAAAUGAUGAAGUUGUUAAAGCCCUCCAAGAGAUUUCUGCAAUCUUGAAAGAAAUUCAGGAAAUUCAAGAGGUGAACUUCAUUGCAGUCUCCAACAUAAAGAAUGCUCUUAAUAAUAUGCCACAACUUAUCAAUUCAGGUCUUUGUGCAGCUCUUGCUGCUUGCUCAGCUCUGCCUGCAAAUAACUCUCUUCCUUCUCAUGCUUUGAAAUGUUCCUUUGAUGGUGCUUCCAAUUCUGAAGCAAAAAGAACCUGCUUAAGCUUCUUGCUGCCACAAACUGUUCCUGAAACCCUGACUCUGAUCAGGAGUCUUCAAUUUUCUCCAUUUUCAACCAAGCAACAAAGUAUGGCAUCAAAGGGUGUGUCUUCUUCUCAUGAUGUGACUCUGACACAAACCAUCAUUUCUGCAAAGUCAAGCAUGCCAGCAGUCAAAAAUCCUGAUGCCAACAAGAAGAAUGCUGAAAAGAACAAUGCCAACAACAAGAAUGCUAACAAGAAUGAUGCUGACAAGGAUGCCAAUAACAAGGAUGUCAACAAGAAGGGUGCUGAAAAUAAGAAUGCCAAAAAAGCUGAUGCAAAUGUUACUUUCAAUGUUAGCAGUGAAGGUUUCCAAAACUGGUUUUUUGGUCAGGGUGAUCUAUAA